AAGUGAGCCCACGUCACUGCUGUGUUCGCCUGCAGGGGAAGCUGUUCAGUCGCUUCGCUUCGUGCUAAUGCAUGUUGCAGCACUUCUCAUGUAAAUAAAUUCAAACGGACAGCAAACUGCGCGGAACAACACCUCCGUCUAUUGGUGCAGGUCUCCGGAGGCAACGUGACGCAGCCCGGGCGCCAAUCGGCGAGUGGGGCACUGACACCUGACAGCGUCAUUUCUCCCACCACUCGCCGAUCGUCUUCCUCCUUCCUCCGUCCUCCUUCCUCCUCACGACUACCGAGCUCGGCUCCGCAGUGCAGGGUCUGCGGCGUUGUAUGGAAGCAGAGUCCGUGCGCCCUACCGUGGUCAUGCUGCCCCCCAAGACCUGCCUGCCCAGGAACUACAGCUGCAUCGCCGGGCUCUUCGGCAGCCUGGCGGCGGCCAACACGCGCCUGGAAGAUGGCGAGGAGAUGGACAUCAUGGACGGCACCUGCGAGCCCGUCGAGAGCCCCGUCGUGGACGAGCGACCGCGCGGCCGCGAGACCUUCCUGAAGCCCCCGCAGAGUCCCAGCCUGCGCCGGAGAUGCAAGUCUCUCCCGACUUCCACGGAGAGGGCCAAGCUGGAGAUAUCCCGCAACAGAAGUCCGACGAGUCAGAAAAAGGUUCGCUUCGCCGACUCUUUAGGGCUGGAGCUCAUCUCCGUGAAACACUUCGACGACUCGGACGAGCCGGAAGUCCCCGAGCGUAUUUUGGCCAAGCUACCCAAAUACACGGACUUCAACCACAUGGCCACGAAGUUCCCCCGAGCUCCCCCGCAGUCCGUCUUCAUGGAGCUGCAGUUCACCAACCCGGCGGCUCUUCCAGGCUUCGAGCAGAGGGUACGUGAGGUGAAAGUCCUGCUGGAGCGAGUGGAGACGGACGAGUUCAGCCUCUCCGGCUUCGUGCGCGUCUUGAACAUGGCCUUCGAGAAGAGCGUCUCUUUGCGAUACUCCCUCAACAACUGGCUCACCUGCAUGGACUCCUUGGCUUCUUACGUGCCCGAGUCCAGCGACGGCGCCACGGAUAAGUUCUCCUUCAAGGUGGUCAUGCCCACCUACAUGGAGAACGGAGGCAUGCUGCAGUUCGCCAUUAAAUACCAGGUCGGCGGCCAGGAGUUUUGGGAUAACAACAACGGGAAUAACUACAAAGUGCGGCGUCACCGCUUCAAAAUGUCCCCGCCAAAGGAAUGGGAGAACGGAUGGAUCCACUUUAUAUAAUAACUCUUAUCACACUUAACCUUCCUCCCGGGUAUAUUUUUAAUUGUGACUAAAGUGUACUUGACCGUUUCAUUACUGUCAGAUAUUUGGAAACUAAUCCAUGCAAUUGAAUAACAUGACCCCUGCAUUUGAUGUUGGGGGUUCCGUACAGCUAGGGGCCACCUUACGUAACCCGGGAACACGUGCCGGCGGGAUAACGUGCUCUUUGCUGGAGAUGCUGCAACUUGAAUCGUGUUGCUGGUUUGUGCAGCAUCAUAAAUUGGCAGUCAUUUGCGAUGUGAUGUAGACGCCAUGCAAAUAUGCUCGCAUAUGAACGGGGUGCUUCAUGAAGAGGGUUAUCUCUUACACAUUAUCUUCCAAAAGUUUCUGGUCAUUAUGCCUCUUAUCUAGAGCACAGGUGUCAAACUCAAGGCCGGGGGGCCAAAUGUGGCCCGCGAAAUAAAUAUGCGUUAAUAAAAUGCUUAAUCUUUUCUUACUAAAUAUAUUUGUUAUUUCCCCUCUGACAUUAAAAAUCAUGUACUGCAUGCAAUUGCAUAUGUUUUAAAAUUCAAUAUUAUAAACAUAUUAUGUUAUCAUGUAUUCCUAAAAUAUUUUUUGUUAAAAUAAAGAUAAAUACUGUACUUAAAUAUCUGCUUGGCUUACAAUUUCUAAACAAACUAUCAAUCAAAUUGUAGACUGUAACAUUGACAAUAGAUUUUACGGUUAAAUUCCGCCGACUAAGUUUCUUCUUGUAAAAUCGACUUUACUUACUUACCGUAUUUUUCGGACUAUAAGUCGCAGUUUUUUUCAUAGUUUCGCUGGGCUCCAGUGCGACUUAUAUAUGUUUUUUUCCUUCUUAAUUAUGCAUUUUCGGCAGGUGCGACUUAUACUCUGAAAAAUACGGUACUUACUUAGGUCUUUAAAUACCCUAAGGAACAUAGGCCAUUGAUGAAACUCCUCCAUUCCCUUCGGUCUUGUGCCCUCCGCUCCAGUUGUUGCCAUGACAGCCCUUGCGCCUUCAUCUCCUGCUCUGUGGUUCUUCUCCAGGUGGCUCUAGGCCUUCCUCUUGCCUUGCGGGUUCCAUGUUAGAGCAUGUUUUGUGAUAGAUUCAUCGUGUCUACGCAGUGUGUGACCAAUCCAGUUCCAUUUCCUCCUCCUGAUUUGUGUUUCUAUUGUGUCUUGUCUAGUGAGGUCCCACAGGUUGGCAUUGGAGAUGGUGUUGGGCCAGUAGAUACCCAGGAGGCGACAGAGGCAGCGGUUGAAGAAUGUGUGUAUUUCGUUGAGUAUGUUGGCGGUGAUCUUCCAGGUUUCUGAACUGUAGAGUAAGGUGGAUUUGACGUUUGAGUUGAAGAUUUGCAGUUUGGUCUUGAGUGAUAUGUUUUUUGCUUUCCAGAUUUUAUUCAGGAUAGUGAAUGUGGUCCUUGCUUUUCCAAUUCUGGCACUGACAUCCUCCUCCGUUCCUCUGUCCACAGCAAUAAUGCUUCCUAGGUAUGUAAAGGUGGCAACCUCGUCUAACUGGUUAUGAUCCAUGUUUAUUGGGGAGUUGUUCUUGUUGUUGAUACGCAUUAACUUAGUUUUUGAUGUGUUGAUUUUGAGUCCAAGCGAAGCAGCUGUUGUUUCCAGUUUGCAUGAUUUCUCCUGCAUAAAAUCGACAUUGGUACCGUUUUUUUUCCCCAUAUACAGUAAGACAAAAAAAACAUUAAAACAAGAUUUUACGGUAAAAACAAACAAACUGGCAGCUCUGUUGCAUUAUUUUUUCCGCCAAAAAUAGUGCUAUUGUUGUUCCAUUCCAUUUAUUAAAUUUUUUUAUAUGCUGUAAAAAAAACAACACUGCUUUUACUGUAACAUUCUGGUGACUGAGCUGCCAGUUUUUAAAGUUAAAUUGUAAUAUUUUUUUUUACAGUUUAUGUAAAAAUAUAUAUUGUUAAUGUAUCAUAUAUAUAUAUACAUGUACAUUCAUAUAUUACUCAUUGUUAAAAGUGUCCCUCUGAGGGCAACCAUAACUGCGACGUGGCCCUCAAUGAAUACGAGUUUGACACCCCUGAUCUAGAGUAUUAUUUCAUGCCAUUGAAAUGCCUUAUGCAUGUGAUGGGAAGUAUAGUAGGAAACAUCAUUAUUUUGAUCAUCGUUACUAAAAGCAUUUAUUUUGUCCACAUCACUGCAUUUUGGCAAUUUCAUUGUAUCUAUAACACUGUGACACAAUGUGCAGUAGGUUUGAUUUAUUUUUUCUGUAUCAUCCCCAUUAUAGAAAUACAAAAAGUAGCAUUUAUAGCUGUUAAGUCGAGAGCAAACAUGCUGUGGGUGUUUUGUCCGUGAGUGCAAAGAUAUGUUAUUUUUGAAGUAUUUUUUAACAGAUGGCGUUGUACUAAUAGUGCAUUUUUGCAGUUCAAGCCUAUUUUUCACUGACAAUGUAGAAAAAGAGCAAAUUACUGUAAAACUAUUUCAGUCUCUGUUUCCAAGUACUCCCCAACAUACAGUCUGUCUCUAGUCUUAUUCUAUCUAUAGUAUAUGUUAAAAUUGUCUUCCAAAUUAUUUUCAAAGACUAGUUAUCUUCGUCUCUGUGUGCGACCUCGCCAUCAUGUAAGUAAGUAAGAGCACUAUUACAUUCACAGCUCACACCGGAACACAACCUCACUUUGUUUACAUUCCAGCAGUGUCAGAAGAGAGCUCUUCAUUUUAUGAUACCAUCCGGUUGACGCGAACGUAAACAAAAAAACAUUUUCCUGUAAGCACUUAGCUUUUGGAGCACUUCCACUUUAAAACGUCAAGUCCACUUGGUCAAAACGCCUCAUGGUUCAAUAUGGCGCGGCUAUAUAGGGUUCCCAAAAUAAAAGCGAGGCACUCUUGAGACAACAUUUGCCUGCUUUGCUUUAUUGUGCACAAGAGAGAUGUAUGUUUAUUUGAUUGCGGUGUGGAAGUACAAUUCAACUGCAGGUAGUUAUAGUGAGUAAGUGUAUUUAAUACUUGGUAUUUGUAGAGACUUAGGCAAUCCAUGCAACAUGAUAGCAAAGCUCAAAUAGUGACUAUCAGUAUCAGUAAAACAACACAGGUGAUAAACCUAUUUCCUCCAUUUUUACUUUUUACUUCAUUUUAAAUGUACAACUUUUCAUCAGUUCUCACUGAUCUACAGUGUUGUGUUGUGCGUAAAAGUGUUGUCUCAUAUUGAAUGUCUUCAUAGUACUGUAUGUGAUGUCUAUUUAAAGGCAGUUUUUACAGAGGCUGUCAGAUCACUUUUGCUGUGUUAAGUUUGAUUACAAGCCCAUACUUGAAAGCACACAAUCAGAUAUGUGAAAUAACAAAGAACAACAAUUGAAGAUAACUAAUAAACUACUCGUAGUUUUAUACAUUUUCCCUUGUAUUAGAAUGUAACUCAAGGGAGACCUUUUUACACCACAAUUUAAUGUCGCCUUACUGUGAGUUGAUAUGCAGUCUGAAAAGGGGGAAAGUAUGUAAGUGCUUGUUUGUGAGGAAAAUGUGAUUGCAGAUGGUUGGCAACAUGGCCGAUGACAUGCGGCAAAUGCACUUUGGUAUAUGGCAACUAGUCUAAGCGACUUAUGAUUGUAGCUGAUGCUGAGCGAACUCAGUCGGCACUGGUUAAAUGCACUUUGAGAGAGGACGAUGAAAGAUGCAGGGUUGAUAUUUCAUUAAUAUGAAAAUAUAUACAAAAGCUUCUCUUGUAAGUAGUUACCAAUAUGUGAUACUUUCUUCUUUCCCUGAGGAUAGCCUUGACCUUUUUUUUGUUAGUUAUACAUCCAUGCUUAUUUUCCUAUGCAACCAUUUUUAUGUGGUGUUUUCCGCUGUGUCUUAACCUGAACUGUUAGCUAUGAAUGUUUGCAUGCAUGGACAACUGAAACAUUUGUCUGUUUAACCAUAGAACCACUAUUUUAUUAAAAUCAA